CGCGUUACCAUGGUUACAGUAAGUACCUGAUGCCUGCUAAAGACAGGGCGGCCUUGUCAAACACUUCUCUUGACGUUUGGGUGCUGAGAAGACCACUAGUAAAGCUACCCAAGGAAGCAGAAGGUAUUAACAUGAAGAUAGAGGACCCUCUAGCGCUUCUAAAUAAUUAUAUGAGUAUAACUGAAGUAGAAGAAGAAUACCAAGCUUUUGCCGCCUACCAGAUGGUUUACGAGCGGUUCUACACGGACACUGAGGAAGCUACCACCAAGUUCAGAGCCUUCCAACAGACUAUGAGGGAGUGUAAAGGGUUAAUGCAGCGGGCUAAGACUCCAAUAGCUUUAGGAAUCACUGAGGAGGCGGACAAGGAGGGAAGUGAGCGGAGGAAACCGUUUAAACUUGCGCGAGAGGCGGCGCAGCAGUCUGUUAUCUCUGGUAAUAGUGCCUAG